AUGUCUCUGCUACUGCGGCUCUUUGAGUCCGCAUACUUUACACCUCAGUUGGCCGUAUCCUAGUGAGUAGCGCAGCUGUAAGCAAUAGAAGAGGAGGCUGCUGAUCGCUCGCACACCUUCGGCAGUCUGGACACAUACGCGGAGAAUGUUGGCAUCACCUACUACCUGGUUGAUUGGUUGAGGAAGAAGGGUGGCGAUUCGGUGGAUUUUUACUGGCCGCAGAUCUGGUGCGUGGCAUCGAUAUUGGCUGUCUGUACGGACGCAUGCAGCUGAUCUGAUACUGCCCGAAUGAUCAAUCGCAGCUACUUGCUCAUCACACGACCGUCAGAGUCUCGCGCUCUCGAAUGCUUCGUGCUGCAGCGGUGCGAUGAGUCGGUUCACGUCGCCUUGCUGGUACGUAUCUGCUCGCGCUCGCUAUGUGAAAGCUAUGGCUCAGUAUGCGUCUGUUCGUGCCCACAGACACUAUGGCAUUUCCAGGCUGCGCUCUCGGAUCUCAGCGCGACCCCUCAAUCCCCAUCCUUCGCCGUGUGCCAGCGGAUCUUCAAUGCCUGUCAGAGAAUCCUAUUCAACGAUCCCCUCUCCUCAGCAUCUCUGGUCGUUACCUCAUCCUCGUCAUCUUCUGCGGUGGGCUCGGGUCGCCGAAGACGGAUGAUUGUGGCAGCGGGGAAACGAGUCGUAGCCAAGGUUCUUCCGAGCAACCCAAAGGCCAGCGCGGUCGGCAUUGGCGCUGUGCUCGCCAGCGUACCUGGCAUGCCUGAGUUGGCUCAUGUCGCGGGCACAAUAGCUAUCGAGCAGGGACGCAGAAGACCGCUCGGCCUAGACAGGGCAGGACUGGAAGGUGAUGCUGGCCCACAAGGCGACUCUUCUGACGAAGCGGAAUUUUCAGAUGUGGAUGAAGCUGAGGAGUCACAGCCUGGGGAAGACUCAGCUCCAACGUCAGCGACGAGUACCUCAAAAAUUGGAGCGGCUUCAGGGCAGCUUACAGCUGCCACAGCUGUCUCAGAACGCCAGCCUGUCGGCCCGGCACGGACAGCCACCGCACCGCGUGCGUCCACUGCAUCCUCCGGAGGCAUUCUGAAAACGCCAAUUAACGGCAAAGCAUCUUCAUCAAAUCCUUUUGCGACCUUUGCCUCUCGUUUUGAUGCCGGCUUCAACGAGUUCCGUGGCAAGGCAGCCGCUGCUGUUGGAGAUGCGUUGGGACAAACACUAGGAGUCGAGUUUGUCCCCGGACCAACACCAGCAGCUCGAGCGCCAAAACCACCUCCCGCUUGGCAUCCUCAAAGGCGGCCACGACCGUCUCUGCAAAGGCAGGCGGCGCGUUUCCGCUCGGUACCCAAUCUUGCGCCGGGAGCAGGUGAUGGAAGCAUGUCUCCCUUCGCUUCGACCGCCGCGCUGCCAUCUGUCGAAGACACUCCUCAGUCAGCGGACACCAUCCUCACGCAGUACGACGAAGAAGCGCGGAGACGCUUACUUAGGUCAAACUACUGCCGCGAGCAGACACAAUUCCUCCUCACGCUCCAAGACAUCUCUGCUAGACUUUUGCUGAUCCCAAAGCCUGCAAGAGUGUCGGCGUUGCGCGCGGAACUAACGCAGCUGAAUCACAGGCUGCCAAGUGAGGUGUGUUUCCCUCUAUGGUGUCGUGCAGAUGUGCAAGAUGGGCGUGAGACCAGUGCCGCAAGUAUCGCCGCAGAGACUGGGGCCGCUACAGUCGCUCCCGACCACGCACCCGGAGACCGACAUCACCGCGUGGUCCGCAUCAAUCCGUCCGAAGCAGUCGUGCUCAAUUCGGCGGAUCGAGCGCCCUUCUUGCUGCAUGUCGAAAUCCUUCAUGAUGAUCUCGACUUCGACCCGCAGCGCAGACAAAACCGCGAGAGUCUCAGAAAGCUGGUGCUUCAAGAGGACACUCGCAGGCGAAAAUUUGCUCUGUCGAGGAGCUUCUCCCAUGCAGACUCUAGCAAAGAGACCAUCGGCAGUCGCAGGGAUACUACGGAAGGCACGGCGAAUUCGUCCAGUCAGCCCACCACGCCGUCGGCGGGACCGCCGGGAACCCCUCAUGCAGAGCUGCGAACACUUGCCCCUGAUGCAGCCAUCUCGCGCGGAAAGACUCCGCCGCUACCGACUCGUGUCAGAACACCGAUGCCUGAGGACGACGGCGAAGAGAUUGACUUGACCGAACAGGCAUAUGGCUCUGACUUGGCAGCAUUCGGAGAGGUGCGUGAUCCGGAAAGCGAUGAGGAGGACUUGACCACGAUGAAUCGCGUCCACGACACUGCAGCAUGGACCUCAACACCAGACAAGGAGCAGAGUGGCAAGGAAAGCAGUACAAAACACGCGACGAGUGGUUCGUCGGGUAAUAACCGCGCCUUUUCUCUCGACGAAUACUCUGAAAGAAUGAAGACAGCGGCCGUCAUGCUGGCGCAGCUCAAUCGCAGCACAAAUGCGGCGGCGCAGCCCAUUGUAGUACACAAUCCUCACGUCAGCGCGACCGCUCAAGGUGGUUGGUCUAGCUGGUUGAUUGGCACCAGUUGGGCCUCCAACAACUCUUCUGGCAGCCCAAGCGAAGCGGGCCAGGGUAGCGCUGGCAUCAAAGCACCCGUCAACGGUAGUACAGCUCCUGCCGCACCUCGAGCGUCCACUGCAGGCUCCGUGACAGAGGGUCUGCAACAAGCCCUCUCCAUCGGGACUGCCAGCACGGGCACAUCCAAUGCCGCCGCAACUUCUGCCAAGGUGAUGCACACGGAUACAGAAGCUAUUCGACGUCGCAUCAUGCAGGAGAUGAUGGCGCUAGAAGAGGAGCGUAUGGAACGAAUGAAGGUGGCGCCUCGGAACAUGGGUCGCACAGGUCGAGGCAAGCGAGGCGGUGCUGGAAGAGCUGAUGAGGACGAAGCGACAGUCAUGCGAGCGGUCAACAAAGAUGAUCCGUCCGCUGCGAUAUUCCGCGAGAGUUGGGCUGCGAAAAAGUCCAGAAUCAGAGCGUCUAGUCCGUAUGGCCACUUGGACUCGUGGGACGUCUUUUCGGUCAUUGUCAAGACUGGUGCCGACUUGCGGCAAGAGCAGCUCGCAGUGCAGCUGAUCGCAGAGUUUGGCAGGAUAUGGAAGGAGACGGGCUCGCGUUGCUGGGUGCGGUACUUUCGCGUUCUCGUCACGAGCGAGAACUCUGGAUUAAUGGAGACGGUCACCGACGCGGUCUCUGUGCACUCUAUCCGCAAGGAAGCUUACACUCGACGCGUCAAUGAGGGCAAGCUGGGCAAUUAUUCGCUGUACGAUCAUUUCGUUGAGGUGGGUAAAGAGGCACUGCCAAGUUUGUCGAGCCCGUUGCUGAGGCGCUAAUAAGGCGCUUGUCUUUGUAGACGUUCGGCGACUCGUCUUCCAGCAAGUUCGGCAAGGCGCGUGAACGAUUCAUGGAAUCGCUUGCUGCCUACUCCAUCAUCUCGUACCUCUUGCAGAUCAAGGAUCGCCACAAUGGAAAUAUUCUCAUCGAUGGCGAAGGCCACGUGAUUCGUGAGUAAAGCGGCCUGGUGGCACGUGCCGUUUGACGUUGAGCUCAGAGAAACGCGACCGAUACACUGCGCAGACAUCGAUUUCGGGUUCAUGCUUGGAAUAUCUCCAGGGGGCGUCGGAUUUGAAGCAGCUCCUUUUAAAUUGUCGCAGGAUUACAUUGACAUUAUCGGCGGUUUGGAUUCACCAAAAUUUGCCGAGUUCAAAGCGCUCUUCCAAGCUGGUUUCCGGGAUGUGCGCAAGCAUGCAGAACGUAUCAUUAUGAUGGUGCAGCUCAUGCAGCGAGGUGAGUCUACGAUCGGGUGCCAUAUGCACACGACCGGCAGCUGAUGCUAGACCGCCAUCGACAUGCACAGGUUCCAAAUUGCCCUGCUUCUCCUUGGGAGAGCUCACUGCAUCCAACCUGCGAGAUAGAUUCCAGCUUGCGCUGAGCUCUUCUCAGUGCGAUGCUUUUGCUGAACGUCUCGUCGAGUCUUCUGCAAACAGCGUGUUUACGCGGUUAUAUGAUACGUACCAAUACCACUCUCAAGGCGUAUUGUAG